AGCGGGGCUGGCGGGAUGGAGCGGCCCGAGCGGGCUGCGGCGGCGCUGGGUGCGCAGCCCCGCGCCAACGGCUGCAGCGGCGCCGCUCACGGCGCCCUCCGCAACGGCUACGUGCGCGGCCUGCCCGCGCCCGACACCCAGAUAAAUCAUAUUGUGCACAAUGGAGGAUUAUACAAAAGGCCUUUCAAUGAAGCUUUUGAAGAAACACCAAUGCUGGUUGCUGUGCUGACCUACGUAGGCUAUGGUGUUCUCACUCUCUUCGGAUAUCUGCGAGAUUUCAUGCGGCAGUGGAAGAUUGAGAAGUGUCAAAAUGCAACAGAAAGAGAAGAACAAAAGGAAGAUGGGGGCAGGAAGGAGCAAACAAGCAAAAAAGAAAACAACCAACCCACCCCUAAACCAACCUGGCAAACAUCUGGUCCUGUACGCCAGCUCCAACAGAGAGCUCUCAAACUCCAAAAGUCAGUAUCGGUUUAUAAAGGACUUUGUCCCAUUGUACCAGGACUUCGAAAAUUUCUACAACAGAAACCUCUACAUGCGCAUUCGGGACAGCUGGAACCGUCCAAUCUGCAGUGUGCCAGGGGCCAAAGUGGACAUGAUGGAGAGAGUUUCCCAUGACUAUAACUGGACGUUCACGUACACGGGGAGAGUGAUAAAGGACAUUAUUAAUAUGGGUUCCUACAACUACCUUGGAUUUGCACAGAAGGCUGGAACUUGCCAAGAAGCAGCAGCUAAAGUUCUGUCCCAGUAUGGAGCUGGGGUGUGCAGCACUCGACAGGAGAUGGGAAACUUGGACAAGCAUGAGGAGCUGGAAAAGCUAGUUGCCAGGUUCCUAGGUGUGGAAUCUGCAAUGGCAUAUGGAAUGGGGUUUGCAACCAACUCUAUGAACAUUCCUGCUUUAGUUGGCAAGGGGUGCCUGAUUUUGAGCGAUGAACUGAAUCAUGCAUCACUAGUGCUUGGAGCAAGACUGUCAGGAGCAACUAUUCGAAUCUUUAAGCACAACAAUAUGCAAAGCCUGGAGAAGCUGCUCAAAGAUGCUAUUGUGCAUGGGCAACCUCGUACACGGAGGCCCUGGAAAAAAAUUCUUAUCUUGGUGGAAGGAAUAUACAGUAUGGAGGGAUCCAUAGUCCGGUUGCCUGAAGUGAUUGCCCUUAAGAAGAAGUACAAGUCUUAUCUGUACCUUGAUGAGGCUCAUAGUAUAGGUGCCCUGGGUCCCAGUGGCCGGGGUGUAGUGGACUAUUUUGGGCUCAGUCCUGAAGAUGUGGAUGUUAUGAUGGGAACAUUCACAAAAAGCUUUGGAGCUGCUGGAGGAUACAUUGGGGGCAAGAAGGAACUGAUUGAUUACCUCAGGACAUACUCUCACAGUGCCGUGUAUGCAACAUCACUGUCACCUCCUGUUGUGGAGCAAAUCAUCACCUCCAUGAAGUGCAUUAUGGGUGAAGAUGGUACAGCUGUUGGCAAAGCACGUGUGCAGCAGCUAGCAGAGAACACGAGAUAUUUCAGGAGACGACUGAAAGAGAUGGGCUUUAUCAUCUAUGGAAAUGAAGAUUCCCCUGUCGUGCCUCUGAUGCUGUACAUGCCAGCAAAAAUUGGUGCAUUUGGGCGUGAGAUGCUGAAGCGGAACAUUGGUGUUGUGGUUGUGGGCUUCCCUGCCACCCCCAUCAUUGAGUCCAGAGCCAGAUUCUGUUUGUCUGCAGCUCAUACCAGAGAGAUGCUUGAUACAGCUUUAAAAGAAAUCAAUGAAGUUGGGGACCUUUUGCAACUGAAAUAUUCCCGUCACCGUUUGGUACCUCUCUUGGACCGGCCAUUUGAUGAGACAACAUAUGAAGAAACAGAAGACUGAAUUCCCUCCAUGUGCCUUGGUGGGAGGGACACACCCCGUGGGACACUCCGUGGCAUGCAGGCCACAGCAUCCAUGAACAACAUUCUUAUGACUGCUUAGCAUAAAAGACAUUUCCUCACAAUACUGAAGUGGCCACGUCAGCUCUAAAUGGCAUUUUGUAAAUAGGGAAAGGAGGAAGGAAAAAAAAAAGCUUUCAUUCCUGUGUCUUCAGGGUCUGGCCCUAGAGGUGCUUGGCUUUAUUUUUUCUUGUUGCGUUUUUUAUUUAUUUGCUCAAUGAGUUCACAGCAACCCAAGUUGGCUGUGGCUGAUCAGCCAGACUUUGUAUGCACCAUUAGCCUCCAAAAUGCUAGCUGAGAUGUUGUAAGCAUGUGUGACGCUGGCAUGGCAGCACUUCCAGUGUCACUGCUAGGUGACUGACCUUCCCAGUAAGGAGUGAGCUGACUUGUCUGUUUUUGGAGAUGUCCUAGAGAAACUGUUAACUUUGACAUAUUUAACAAGAUGGAUAAUCAACCAAAGUUUUUCUUUUUUUUUUCUUUUCCAGUUACUUGUGUUUAAAACUUGAAUUUAGCCUUUUUAAAAUAAAUGUGUUGUUGACAUGUCACUGACAGGACCAUUGUUCCCAAACAUUAUUUAGUUUUGUAAGCCACAGGCAGAAGGACUUCUGGGACUCUAGCCUCUUUUCCUUCCCAGUAUGGAUACCAGAUUAUCUCCUGGUUUUGACACCAAUUGUCCUCUUGAUAUAGGGUAAGUGAUGGAAAGGGGUUUUGUUAGUUGUUUUUUUUCUUAAAAUGGGCUGUGUUUUGUCUUCCUUCUGACAUACUUCUGUUUUAAAACAAAAAAAAAGGUGGUUUUAAUGUGUGUUGCUUUUUCAUCUUCAGGUUGAUUUCUCUUGCUUUAGAAUUAUCAUAAAACUAUGAACAAGUCACUGCUAAGUUCUAGAAGGGUGCUCUUGGGAUUAAGUAAACAUAGCAAGCCUUAUGCUUCUUGUUGAGACCCUCAAUAAGCAGGCAUACACAGUGGAUGACUACAGGAGAACCACUUAUUUCAUGCAGAUCUCUGAAAGGCUGCUACCCUUUGCCACGCGAAUUCACUGUUUCUUGCCAUAUAUCAGGUGUUCUUUGUUGGCCUUCUUGCGCAAGGCUUUUAUGCAAAGAGUAUAGACAGCUUGGAUCUUGUAUCGUACGUUACAUUUCAGCUAGCCAACAAAGUCUCAUUUGGCAGCUGCGUGCCUGUGUAGGCCUUCCCUGAAGAGAGAAUGUCCUCACAAUUGCAUUUAGUUUGAGAUCUUUAUUCUUUUGCAGUUCUGUUACUGUGAGAUCAAACUAACGUCUACUGAGCCAGUUGCUCUUUGGAAUCUUUAUUUGCGAGUUCCACACCGUCUUACUCUGAUCAAAGUUUAAAAUAGGCACCUUUGCUCUAGCACACCUUAGAGGUGGUCUGCUACUUAGUCAUUGCAUCUUGAAAUCUUUCAGUGAAGAGAAUGGAUCAUUAAAGUACCAAAAAUUUUAUAACAUGAGUCAGUUGCAGUAUAGUUUGUAUUUUAUACCUUCGACAUGUAGGGUUUCUGCAAAGAUAGUAAAGCUCUAACAUCAUGUCAGUUGGGUUGGGCCAGCUCUUCAAUUUGCAUUAGCAUGAUGCUUUUUUGCAGAUACUGGAGUUUUUUUAAACAGAUUCUUCAUCGUAAUGCUAAAGCAGAUUGCGGCUCAAAGCUAUUUGCCUGGUGCUGCAAAAAAAUUAAUAAUUUUUUUUUUUUAAGUUCUUUUAUGUUCACUCUGCAACUACCAGGGAAGGAACGCUUUGGUCACUAGAACCAAGCAGUUCUGCAAAUACAUCUGGUGAUUUAAAGCAGAAUUGGCUUCUGGUUUGUAGAAUAUCUAUCUUCAUGUGUUUAUAGAUCUUGUUCCAUUUUAAUGUAAUGGAAUUUCAAAACACUUAGUUUUUUAACAUUGUACUUCAGAAAUGUAAUUAGAUGAGAAGAACUAAAAUUGGCUGUUUCAAAAUAGGUCCAGAUACCUGUUUCUGUCUUAGUCCACUAAUGCUGAUUUGCUCACCUUCUGGAGCAAAGCGUGUGCACAGUCCAAGUCUGUAACCUGUAUGUGCAACUUCAGUAGCUAUGGAGUGGUCUCAUUUGUUUAGCCACAGAGUGAGUAAACUGCAAUUACAUGAGGUUACUUUCUUGCCUGUGUUCUGCCCAGGACUAGCUCUAACAUUCCAGCAGAUGACCUGCUUUCUGACUUCAAGAAGCUUUACCUCAAAGGAUAUCUGCUUCCCUUCCCUUCUGGAUUGUAGUAGGGAACAAGAGGAGGUUAGUGCAGGAAGCCCUGACUCCAGCCCUGAUCCUGUUGACUUGAUCGUGGAACAGUUUAAGAUCAGACAAAACCGACCAACUUGAAGGCGUAGGUGUGGGUCAGUAUGGAGCUGUUUUGAGCAUUCCCAGACAUACAGCGCACUUGUCUGCUGUGAUGUAUUAAGUUAUGAGUGGGUUAUCGUGGAUUCUACAAGUCUCAAGUCUUAAUCUUGUCUCUGGGAUUCAGUUUUAGGGCAGUUUGUCUGUGGAAGGGAGAAAAACAUCUGGAUAGAUCUCUAAUUCAGCUAACUCCUGUAUAACACUUCUGAAAUUAUCAGUGUUUAAAAAUUACUGGUCCUCAUUGGGAUUCCAGUUGUACUUGUUGAGGAAAUUGUGUUCGUGCUAAACUUCUGCCAUUUGGUAUCUUUCUUCUGUGUCACACUGUUUGCAUAUGACUUUGAAUUCUGAGUUGCAAAGACAUUUCAGAAAUCAUUCAGGCAGUUAGUAGCAUUUGUAAACUGCUUGGUUACAUUUCAGCCCUGCCAUAUCCUUGCUGGGAAGCAAAUUGCCCCCCACCCCUCCUUUGCCCUCUGGAGGCCUUUUAUUCAAGGGAUCUUCUAUUGCCAAAGUCUGGUACCUGUUGAAACUGCUUCUGAAAAAGUAAGAAGUACGAUUUCUAAGGUCCAAGAUUUUGCACUUUUAAGUCAGUAAUUCACUGAGUAUGAAAGCCAGGAAAAUCUUUUCACAUCUACUAAAAAAACUCCACUCCCACAACUGAAGGAGCAGACCACUACUGGUUUGUAGUAGACAAACCUAUAGCAUGUGUGCUGUCACGGUAUGUGUAGGAUGGAUUGCUGCUUUGAUAUUUAUGUAUUGACCAGAAAUCUGUCUCCUUUUUGUCCUGGCAGUAGAAGUGAAUGAAAGAACCAAUCUUAAGAGACCACAAAGGAAGAAAAGCUGCUUAAGAAAUAGACUUCAGUCCCUGCCAACUUUUCUGAGACAUUCUAAUUGAAAAUGACUCCUGGUAUUUCUUAAGAGAUGCAAAAUUCAAAAGAAAAUGAAGGCUGCUUUUUGAAAAAAGGAUUUUGCCCUGUAUUGUACAUUGGCUAAACUUACUCAUAAAUAUACAACAGUUACCUUCCCAGUACCUUUGAAGAACUUAGCAAGAUUUUGCCUCUGCUGAGCAGAGUGAAGGGCUUAGAACCAUUAUGGUUUUCAAGGCUGAUGGCCAUAUUCUUUUACUCUUAAGAAAAUGGAGAAGCUCCUAUUACCGAGCAUCAGCGAAGAGAGAUCUGCUUCUUGUUAGAAACUGGACUUCCCAAGCAGACCUUUGUCUUAAGGAGCCUGAUUCAUAAUUUUUCUGUAGUUCUUUGGCAGAGAAGAAACCAAGGGGGUUUUGUGUCAAAAUAUUCAGGGCUUGCGUUUUGGUUUUUUUUUUUACAUAAGACACAACUUUUGUAUAGUAUCUGUGUAUAUGGUAUAUUUAACUCUUUGUUUAGUUUCUAUAUUUUUUUUUUUUUCAUUCUAAGUAGCAUCCUUAAAGAGCUGUUCUGGUUCUUGGCUUACUGGUGUAGCACACUUCUGCUUUAGGCAAAGACUCAGGAGUGAAUUGACCGAACAUCUUACUGUGAUGAAGUCAUUCAGUGAAGGAAUUGCAUCAUCCAUCCUCCUCUUGCUGUUUUCUCUGAGUGCAGAAGUGGUACUCACUGUCAGAGCUGCACCUUCACACAGAGCAGGAAAGGGAAGUGUGCCUGUGAAAUCAGUGACCCAGGCCUGUGUUGUGUGGAUGAAGGACCAAUACAGCAGAGGUGGAAAAAAGGGGCAGUCAAUCAUCAUCGCUUCUUCUCAGCUGUACAGGGACCUUUCAUGUGUACGUGAACAAGCAUCCCUAAGACAGGAAUGCAACUUUCAGUGCCCAAAGGGGCACUCUUCUAAAAUGUUUCCACACCAAGUAAAUGCUUCCUCUCCUGUGCAAAUUUCAAUUUCUUUACCUCUGAAAAGUAUUUGGCUUACAGAUAUUUGCUCAUCCAGAAGCCAUGUUAUCCAUUCUGGCAUAUCAUAGGAAAGGUUGGAGGAAAGCUGUGCACCUGAGCUCUCCAUUUCAUCUAAGAGAACACCUUGCAGCACUGGAUCUGGAGCACUGUGCAUGAGCUCCCUUGCUGCAUUACAGAGAAGAAAACUUGUGGAGAUGUAUCCCAAUAUACAAUGCUCAGUCAAAAUUUGUACAGUUUAUACGUAUAGUUUAUAUAUAUUAUUUUUAUAUAUAGUUUAUACUCAGCCUGUGAAAGUGUCAAGCAUGCUGGGAUCUGUGUGGGUGAUAUGUUCUGCACAAAGAUCUGGGGUAUCUGCAGUCUGUUCUGCUUUAACACUAGUGAGCUGUCAGGGAAUGCCUAGUAUUGACCCCUCAGCUGGUGCAUUGCUGGCUUCAGCACUGGGCCUGGCACCCAAGUGGCAUUGGACCACUGUUUGGGGAAAAGUGCCAGUCAUUCAACCUGUGUAACUUGAACAUGAUUUUAAAAGAAAGGCGGGGGGGGAAACCCACACCAAAAAAAAAUACCAACCUCAUCAACUCAGAUGCCAUUGUGAUGGCUUGUAUUCCUGUUAACAUCCCCAGCCUUGCAGUUGUUCCCCUGUUCAAGGAUUUGGAUGUGAAGCUAGAGCACAACCAUGAAGUGUUAGUGUGAAGUGGUGUGCUUUAUCUUUCACUAAAAAGAGAAGCGUUUGGUGCAGACAUUGGAGCUGUUGUGUUUACAUCCCCAAAAGGGGCUGGGUGAAGGAGAUGACGACUGUGGUGUGUGUUGAAGGCCUUAAACUGUGACUCUUGGUAUGAAGAAUUGCAAUUAAAACUGACCUUGAAGAAUGCAGUGGAUUUUAACCCAUGGAAUAAUACUCUGUGCUUUUAGUUAAGCAAUAUGUACUGCUAUUUUCUUGGGAGGUAGGGAGAGGUUCAAUUCGUGUUUGACGCUGGCUAGCAGCUGUUUAAGGAGCAGAAGAUGUGUCUGUAUGCGAAGGCCAAAAAUAGUGCAGUUCUCUGCACCAGUGUUCCUAUGCAGCAAGCACUGGUAACUUAUUCCUGGGCUACCGAAAGCGGGAGAAUUAUAGAGAGGGGCAGGGACUUCAGAAGCAGUGGCAGCUAGCAAAUUAAUUUCCUUAACAGUAGGUGAACCAGUCUCACUUUAAUAUGCCAAGGGUUGGUGCCGUUCCAGAAAUACCCAUGGCGAAGUGAAACAUGCACCAAAGCGUCUGACUGCUGUAAAGCAGUGGGGUUUUUUAAUUUUUUUUGCGCCAAAUCUCAUCCUGUUCAGACAGUAUUGUUGCUACCCCCUAACGGUGUAUUAAGCUAAAUGCAUCUCCAGCCUUCCAAUGUUACUAACUUCAGACCAGUUUGAGAGAGAUCAGAGGAACAUUGGAGCCUGAGGCUUUAGGCUAGCAGCCCCAAAGCCAAUGGUGGCCCACAUUUCCACAAGCCCUGGGCAGAAUUACCAAGUCACAGCACUUCAUCUUAAAUUGCACUGUAUUCUUAUGCCUCUGUGUUGCUAUAAUGUACAUAUAUAUUGGAUUUUUUUGUAGAUAAGACAUUUUAGAUAAAAUUUUUAAAUGGGCUCCCCCCAAAAUAUUUUAUGCCAGAUGUCUAAUUUUUUUUACACUUGGGAUUACCAUGAAGUUGGAUGCUCUGUGGGCAGGAAAAAGAUAAAUGGAUGGUACAUUGGCUUUAAAAAGGUAACAAUGCAUGUUUUAAAAACAAAACAAAAUGAAAACACUGGAGAAAAACUGCUUGGGAAAAAAAUCCAUUCAAAUAUAUUCUAUGUUCUGCAUAAUAAAGACUUUAAAAAAUGCUA